UUUUGAUCUGAACAGAGCUUUUUCCUACCAUGAAUUCCACUAUUAUAAACGGUACAGUUAAUUCGACGAGUGUUCCACCAGAAGCAUCAACAUCUGAACCAAAACCUGGUGUUUCUUUUUCAGGAUUUGGUUAUGACAUUAUUGCCUUGGUCCAGUUUUCACUUGCCUUCUGUAGUUUCUUUGGAAAUGGUAUGGCCGUCCUGAUAUUCUUAAAGCAUAAACAGCUGCGGUCACCGACCAACACGUUCAUCAUGAACUUAAUCUUCUGUGACAUGUUGAUGGGGAUGGUGGCCUUUAUAUCAGCAUCUGCUGCGUUCAACCAUGGAUGGGUAUUCGGACGAAAUAUGUGUGUUUUUGAAGGAUUUAUGGUGUAUUUCCUGGGCCUCGCUUCAAUGUACCUCUUGGCGGCAAUAGCACUUGACAGAUAUGUUGUCAUAUCCAAACCACUGUCAGCCUCAAAGAUAACCCAAAACGUUGCCCUACUAUGUACCGGUGUCUGCUGGAUCCUUGGAUUCCUGUGGGCAAUAUUUCCCAUGUUUGGAUGGAAUGAAUAUACUGUGGAAGGUCUCGGGAUCUCAUGCAGUGUCAUCUGGCAGAGUGACGAUCCAUCCUACUCCAGCUAUAUCCUCGCCAUCUUUUUUGCGUGUCUUGUAAUUCCUGUAGGUCUGAUGUCCUUCUCCUACUACCACGUAUACAUGGCUGUGCGGAACGUGACGAGGAACAGCGUGUGGGACACUAAAAGUCGAGUGGCUAGGAAGAAACUGAGGGUGGAGAAGAAAAUGUUGAAGACGUGUAUUGCGAUGGUUUCCAUAUUUCUCUUGUCCUGGACGCCCUACACCGUUGUGUCCUUCGUCUCAGCCUUCGGUGACCCAACCUUGAUUUCCCCGCUGAUGGCGACAAUACCCGCCCUGGUAGCUAAGUCGGCCGGCCUGUGGAACCCUCUCAUCUAUGUGGCAACCAACAAGCAAUUCCGAUAUGGCUUCUACGCAAUCAUUCCUUGCAAAGGGAUCAAAGAUUCAUUGGUGAAGAAGGAAGAGAAACAACCAGAGUCCUCAGAAUCGGAUUUGGAUGAAGAAGACGGCAAGAAGAAUACUAAAAAGGAUAAGAAGGAAGAAAAAGCCGGAACAUCUGGGCGACCUAAAGGCAACGCUGUGGCUCCAGCUCCUGAGGAGGAGUCUGGCAAUGAGCCCACGGUAAUAGAAGAUGUUUCACAGAUGGAGGAGGCGGACGUGGAACUCAAGGACAUCAAGAAGAAAUAGAUGAACAACGGAUAUGUAUUUACUCAUUAGUGACCGAGUUCAAAUUGUACGUCGGCUUCUAUCAAUUUAGCGCCAUUUACUCGUUAAAGGAGACCAAGGCUCGGACAAAUUGACCGAUUAAUUUUUCCCCUAAUUACACAGAGACAAUGUUUUAAUAUCUCACAAUUUGCAACUUAUUCUGGAAACGGGCAUCGUGCUGCUUUAUUGGACGACUUGAUUCUGGCACAUGUGCGAACCUAGUAAGUCUGAUUCAAGUCGUUAACAUCAUGCCGUAUUUCAUUGCGUCUAUAAAGACACAAUUUAUCCUGUAUUAUUAAUCAAAACGUUACUGAAUACCCGAGGUGCAGACACUGGCAGCGGAAAUGUUAUAGCCUACAUUUACCAAAUAAAUGUCACAAAAGCCUUUCGAUUCCAGUGAACGAUGCCGACCAUAUCAUGAGCAUGUGUAUAUUAAUUACUAUCAAACACGGGAUCGGGUG